AUGUGUCUCUGUGUUUUCAUCUUUGUAGGUAAAUUGAUAUUUGUUGAUGAAGCAUCUUGUCACAGUUCUGUACCUGAAACACAACACCUUCAAGUACAUCAGAUUCAUACAACUACUAAUGCUCAUCAUGAUAUCAAUGUUCAUAAAGCACCCAGUGUUAUUCAAAAUUUUGGUGGUCAAAGUGAUCGCCAUAGCUAUGAUGUUAAUUCAAGUCUUGAUUUUGGUAAAGUGCAUCAUAAUGAAAAAACUACUAAUCCUCAUGAUCAUAUUAAUGUUCAUAAAGCACCUAAUGUUAGUCAAAAUGUUGGUAAUCAAAAUGUGAUCGUCAUGACGAUGAUGUCGAGGUAUGUAACCAGUGCGCCAUAA